AUGGUUAAAAAAGGCUCUGUUUGUCGCUGCUGUGUGUUAUUUGGUGCUUUUUGCAGAAGCAUAGUGGAAAUAGCCAAUUCUGAAACGAAUGGAAACGGACAGAAUAUUGAAAAAAAUGAUGGAAAAAUAGAGUUUUGGGUUCUUUUGAAGGGAUUUGGGGCAUUAAAGGGGAAAACAGGCAAAGGAGGGGAAGUGUUAUCGGGGCCAAAGAGACCCGCUGGUGAAGCAAAACAGGACAUAAAGGCGGAAGAACAGGCUAAUAAGGCGGCAAAAGCAGCAUUGCAUGGAAGGUUUUGCAUGCUGAAGAGACGUGUGCGUACGUCUGCAACGUUCCGACGCCCAAAAACACUGCGUUUGGCACGGAAACCGCUUUAUAUGCGGAAAAGCAUACCGCAUACACCCCGGCUGGACGAGUAUAAGGUGUUGGUGUGUCCGCUUAAUACCGAAAGUUCAAUGAAAAAAAUCGAAGAAAAUAAUACGCUUGUUUUUCGGGUACACCUUCGAGCGAAUAAGUAUCAAAUUCAGUUGGCACUUAAAAAGCUUUACAAUGUGGAUGUACAAAAGAUUAAUACAUUAAUAUGCCCAAACGGCACGAAAAAGGCAUAUGUCAAGUUGUCCAGUGAUAUGGAUGCGUUGGAUGUAGCAAACAAGGUAGGCAUGGAUACCAGGGUUGGUGUAGUAUUUAUAGUGGGAUUUAGAUUGGGUUUGUAUAAUUGUUUGCAUGGUCUAUAGAGUGCUGUAUAAAUAUUGGUUUCAUGUAUA